GGCGGAUAAAGUAUAAAUAGAUUCGCCUUCUCACCUGGCAAAUUUCCCCUGUUUUGGAAGAGGACACUUGUUCCGAUUUCUCUCUGAUCUCUUCAUCGAUUUAUUAGGGUUAGGGUCUUUCUGUUCUGCGUAUUUUAUCUUCCCUUUUUUGCAUUCUCUCUUCUGUAUUUGGAUCGUUUAUUAGAACGAAGAGGUCGUUAGGGAGCUCUCCUAUUUGCAGUAAGUUUAGAUUUUAGAGCUCAAUCCCGAUGGAGAGUUCUGAAGAUGCUAAUGAGCAUGCUGAGCCUCCGGACCCUGAUGUUCUUGAGGUUGAUCCUACACGCCGCUAUGUACGGUACAAAGAGGUGCUUGGAAAAGGUGCUUUCAAGAAAGUAUACAAGGCAUUUGAUGAAGUUAAUGGGUUAGAAGUAGCAUGGAGUCAAGUUCGGAUCGAUGAUGUGUUACAGUCACCGGAAGACCUUGAGAGGCUUUACUCUGAGGUGCAUCUAUUGAAAUCAUUGAAGCACAAUAAUAUUGUAAGGUUUUACAAUUCAUGGAUAGAUGAUAAAAAGAAGACUGUUAAUAUCAUAACAGAAUUAUUCACCUCUGGUAGUCUCAGACAGUACCGUAAGAAACACACGAAGGUUGAAUUGAAGGCUGUGAAGGGUUGGGCUAGGCAGAUUUUGAUGGGUUUGACCUAUCUUCACAAUCAUGACCCACCCAUUAUACACAGGGAUCUGAAGUGUGAUAACAUAUUCAUUAAUGGUAACCAAGGAGAAGUCAAAAUUGGAGAUCUCGGGUUGGCAGUGGUCAUGGAGCAGCCUUCUGCCAAAAGUGUAAUAGGAACCCCUGAGUUUAUGGCACCUGAACUGUAUGACGAGAACUACAAUGAGUUGGCUGAUAUAUAUUCCUUUGGAAUGUGCAUGCUAGAGAUGACGACUUUUGAAUAUCCUUAUUGCGAAUGCAAAAACUCCGCUCAAAUAUAUAAGAAGGUUUCAUCUGGAAUAAAGCCUGCUUCCCUGUCCAGGGUUAAAGAUCCUGAAGUAAAAAUUUUUAUUGAAAAGUGUUUGCUCCCAGCAUCUCAAAGACUGUCAGCAAAGGAGCUUCUGAUGGACCCUUUUCUGCAAGUGAAUGGAUCAGCAAAGAAUCGUCCAUUGCCCCUUCCUGAUAUUGUUAUGCCAAAAAUAGGAGCUUUUGGUGAUCGUUGUCUGAUGUCAGAAGGACCAGUGACUACACGGAAUAGAUCCUCCUCCGUGGAUCUUGAUUAUGAUGGAGAGCUUCCUAUUAUCACUUCUUUUGAUAAAUUUGUUGAUGCAACAGGAUCCAGUUGUCAAUGUGUGGAGGUUAGAAGGGCAAAGAAUGGCACCACUUUUGUUUUGAAAGGGGAGUGGAACGAAGUAAAUUCUGUAUCAUUAAUACUUGGAAUAGUUGAUCAGAACGGUCGUGUGAGGAAUAUUCAUUUCCUGUUCUACCUUGACAGCGAUACGGCCCUCUCAGUUUCAGAUGAAAUGGUUGAGCAACUGGAACUAGAAGACCAGAUUGUCGCUUUCAUAGCUGAGUCAAUUGACGUGCUAUUACUGACAUUAAUACCUCGUUGGAAAUCUUGUCUUCCCAUCCAUCAUUUGGUUCCUCCAAAUAGAAUCCAGGCAUCUAAGGGCCCUCGGAAGAACUCCAGUUCACAAGACCAUGAAGAGUGGUUAAUCGGAUCUUCCCAAAAAACAGGGGAAUCUGCCAAUCAUUCGGGUAAUUCGUUUUGCCCCAAUUAUAGAUCUUCUGAAGGAUCCAUUGAAACAACAAAAGGAGACCCUACUACUGAUGAUUUCAGUCAUCAAAAUACAUCAAUGGUGGAAGAUUACAGUUCUGUGAUGUCAUAUCUUUCUGCAACCUCACUCGACUUCAAGAAGUUUUCCAUUGAUUCAUAUAUGUCUGCAGAAUCAGGGCAUGUUGAGAACUCAGAACCAACCAAUGCUGUUUCUUUCCCUAAUCCAGACUAUGAUGACGAGUUGACAAGGGAUUUGGAAGUGAUUGAACUUCAGUACCAGGAAGCAGUUAAUGAGUUGUCCAAGCGACGGGAGGAAGCUAUCAUGGAGACGAGAAGAAGGGUGUCACAGAAAAGAACAGAGUCAGAAUAAUAGUUGCUUCUUUUUCCCUCACUCCCCCUCUCCAUCUUUUAUUUGGAGUCUCGGGGGUUUCUCUAGCAAGUGUAAAUAUUUUGCCUCUGAAGGAGAAAUGAAGCUUGAUGAGUAA